GUCAUCUUUUAGAGCGCCUGGUCACGUCGUCGCCUUCAACCAUCCACCGUUGGGUGAACUGAGUCUUCAUCCCGACCGCAUACUCAUCGACAAUAAUAUUCCCCACUACAGCAGACACGAUCACCUAAAUUACAAAGAAAACAGCACAACAGCAAAAACACGAAGCCAUGGGCUCCGUCGUACUUCCCCAUCUCAACACGGCAUGGCACGUCGACCAAGCAAUUCUGUCCGAAGAUGAGCGCCUGGUCGUGAUCCGGUUCGGGCGCGACGGCGACCCGGACUGCAUGAAGAUGGACGAGGUUCUCUUCAAGAUCGCCGACAAGGUCAAGAACUUCGCCGUCGUCUACGUCUGUGACAUUGAUCAGGUGCCCGACUUCAACCAGAUGUACGAACUAUACGACCCCAUGACCGUCAUGUUCUUCUUCCGCAACAAGCACAUAAUGUGCGAUUUUGGCACGGGUAACAACAACAAGCUUACCUUGGUGCUCGAGGAGAAGCAGGAACUAAUCGACAUCAUUGAAACCAUCUACCGUGGCGCAAAGAAGGGACGUGGUCUUGUCGUCAGCCCAAAGGACUACUCCACAAGAUACCGCUACUGAUUGAAGCGGUCGCGCAAUACUGACAUACUCUGGAGGGCAUCGCCCCUAUUUUACUCCAACACCCGACUCAUGGAGGAUUGACCAACUUUGCCUUUAUCCGCGAGCUGACAUUGUUCAAGGCGGACGAAGCGCACCGAAACCACUUUUUUCCUCGUGAACGAUAUAUUGCAUACGGAGGUUAUAAGGGUGAGUUACCCUAGGCUUGCGAGGUACCUUUUUGGCGCGUGCUUGGGUUUUUGUAAGUACCUAUAGUGAGCGGUAUGCAUAACCCUGGUCGAAAAAUACCUGACAGGCCUAGGGAAACUUUGGCCUCCUACCUCCGUACUUGCACGAUAAUGUGCAAGAGAUCUCUCGGUUAUUAGCGUUUUGCGAACUGUCAAGGAAGCAGUGAAAUUUCCGGGAGCUAUAUUGAAGCCAACGAGUCUUGCCAAACUUCGUCCCCUUUUUGGGUCGUGUACUGUCUUCAAAGGUUUGUUCAACUCUGCGGGCACGAUGUAGAAAUUCUCGUAUUUUUGCUCUUCUGCCAUGUGAAUGAUCCCUAGCUAGACUGUAUUACUUGUUUGGAUACAUGGUGCAACAAAAGUCCGAUUGUGUCCAACGCAAAAAAGGUUAAAGCCCCAAAUGAUGCUGCGCUCUUUUAAAAACAAAACAUAGAGGGGAAAUGGAUCAUGAAUUAGCGAGGGUAUCUUUGAAACAAAAUUGAAAAGAUCUGUGACGGUAAAAGUCUAAUCGAAUGCAUGCUGUAAUCGACAGGAUAUGCUGUUGUGAGGUGUGAAGAAACAUCAUCUUCAAAGCAUGUCCCCACUACCAGGCGGGGACCCCUUGGGCAGGUAUGAACUGGGAAGCUUGGGUACCUGAGGAGGGCCUGGGCGGUCGGGACGGGAAAUAUCUAGAUGCUGUCGUUCAUCCUUCG